AGGAAUAAGUCACGCAAGGACACGGGGAGUAGACUCUUUUCCAGAUGAAAGCGAAAUGGCUGAGAUUCAUCAAAUCGAACGUUUGUGUUUCUACGUAAAUGGAAAAAGGGUAACUGACUAUGUGGACCCGGAGACCAUGCUACUGUCGUACCUCAGAGAAAAGUUAAGAAUGACAGGCACUAAGUAUGGGUGUGGGGGGGGAGGAUGUGGAGCUUGCACAGUCAUGCUCUCCCGCUACGAGCCCAACAACAAAACUAUUGUCCAUUACUCUGUGAAUGCCUGUCUGUUGCCAGUGUGCCAACUUCAGGGUGCAGCCGUGACCACAGUAGAUGGCAUAGGUAACACUAAGACCAGGAUUCAUCCAGUACAGGAGCGUAUAGCCAAGGCCCAUGGUUCUCAGUGUGGGUUCUGUACCCCAGGGAUGGUGAUGUCUAUGUACACUCUCCUGAGGAACAAGCCCCAGCCCACCUUGGAGGACAUCAGAGAGGCUCUGGGAGGUAAUCUGUGUCGGUGCACCGGAUAUCGGCCCAUUGUUGAUGGCUGCAAAACCUUCUGUCAGGAAUUUAACUGUUGUCAAGCCAACGGCAAUGGCAGUUGUUGCAUGAAUGGAAACAGUCAGCCUAAGAAUUGUGAAGACGAUGGUUGUUGUUUCUCCAAGGAUCUUCCUCAGCUGUUUGACAAGGCAGACAUGCUCCCUCUGGACCCCAGCCAGGAGCUCAUCUUCCCUCCAGAGCUGAUAGUUAUGGCGGAGACAGAGACCCAGAAGUCCCAGACGUUCCGUGGGGAGAGGAUCACCUGGGUGUCCCCGGUCUCUCUGGAGGAGCUUGUGCAGCUGAAGAGCUGCCACCCUCAGGCUCCUCUGGUCAUGGGCAACACCAACAUAGGUCCGGACAUCAAGUUUAAAGGAGUGCUGCAUCCAGUGAUCAUAUCACCGACCAGAGUAAAGGAGCUGUUUGAGGUUACCCAGACACCCCAGGGUGUGUGGGUGGGAGCAGGCAGCACGCUGUCAGCCGUCAGGGCCCUGCUGGCCAGGCUGGUUGGGGAGCUGCCCCUGGAGCAGACUGAAGUGUUCCGAGCCCUUCUCCAGCAGCUGGGGAACCUGGGUGGACAGCAGAUCCGAAACGUGGCAUCCCUGGGGGGUAACAUUGUGAGUGCAUAUCCAAAUUCGGACUUGAACCCUGUCUUAGCUGCUGGGAACUGCAAACUUGAGGUGCUUUCAAAGGAGGGAAAAGAGGAGAUCCCAUUGAAUAAGGAUUUCUUUGUGGGGUUUGGAAAAACAGCCCUUAAACCCAACGCAAUCGUCCUGUCUGUUUUCAUCCCAGUGUCCAGAAAGGGGGAGUUUGUGCGAGCGCUCCGCCAGGCCCCGAGGAAGGAGAACGCCCUGGCCACCGUGACCACGGGCAUGCGGGUGGUGUUCCCAGAGGGCUCCCGCCUGGUCCAGGAUCUCAGCCUCUACUAUGGAGGCGUGGGGCCGUGCACCGUCAGCGCCACCAAAACCUGCUCGGCCGUCAUUGGGCGGCCUUGGAAUGAGGAAACCUUGGAGGAGGCGUACGCUGUCCUGCUGGAUGAACUUACCCUUCCUCCCAGCACACCGGGGGGAAAGGUGGAGUUCCGCAUGUCCCUCACUCUCAGCCUGCUCUUCAAAUUCUACCUGCUGAUACAGCAGGCACUCAGAGAGAUGGGUGUGACCACAGAGGUCCUGUCCGGGGAGAUGAGCAGUGGUAUUCAACCUCUCCCCCACCAACUGCAACCCAGCCUUCAGGAAUUCCAGGCGGUGGCAGGGGGCCAGGAGGGUCAGGACCUGGUGGGCCGUCCCAUCAUGCAUCGCUCCGCCAUCAGCCAGGCUACAGGCGAGGCGGUGUACUGUGACGACAUGCCCAAGAGGGACGGAGAGCUCUUCCUCGUUUUGGUCACCAGCACCCGAGCACAUGCUAAAAUCAUAGACUUGGAUGUGAGCCAGGCUCUCCAGUUCCCUGGAGUGGUGGACGUCAUCACAUGCCGAGACAUCCCUGGGAAGAAGGUGCGCCCGUUCUGUGGCUACGAAGAGGAACUGCUAGCUGAGAAGGAGGUGUCUUGCGUGGGACAGAUUGUGUGUGCGGUGGUCGCUGACACCAAGCCACACGCUAAACGCAGCGCUGCCGCUGUGAAGAUCGUCUAUGAAGAUCUGCCAGAUCCCGUUUUCACCGUAGAGGAGGCCAUGGAGAAACUGUCCUUUUUUAAACCUCAGCGGGUCAUUGAGAGGGGCCAUGUGACUGAGGCCUUCGCAGCAGCUGACCAAGUUCAUGAAGGAGAGAUACGAAUUGGUGGGCAGGAGCAUUUCUACAUGGAAACCCAAAGCAUGCUGGUGGUUCCCACAGGAGAAGAGAGGGAGCUCGAUGUUUACAUAUCAUGCCAGCACCCAUCAUACACCCAAGAGGCCAUUGCAGAGACACUUUGCAUACCCUCAAACAGAGUGUCCUGCCAUGUGAAAAGAAUUGGAGGAGCUUUUGGAGGGAAGCUCACCAAAACAACUGUUCUGGCUUGCAUCACCUCUUUGGCUGCAUGGAAGCUGGGGCGACCGGUGCGUUGUAUUCUAGAAAGAGGAGAAGAUAUGCUUAUCACUGGGGCUCGGCAUCCUGUUCUGGGAACAUACAAGGUUGGCUUUAUGAAGGACGGAAGGAUUGAAGCUGCAGACCUACACUACUACGCCAACAGCGGUAACACUGUGGAUGAGUCUGUUCUGGUCGUUGAGAAGAUUCUCCUGCACAUGGACAACGCCUACAAGAUCCCCAACCUGAGAGGCCGAGCUGUGGCCUGCAGAACCAACCUGCCCUCAAACACAGCGUUCAGAGGCUUCGGCGUGCCCCAGAGCAUGCUGGUUGUCGAGUGCAUGAUCAACGACGUGGCCGCCAAGUUGGGCCGCACCGCCGAAGAGGUCCGUGAGAUGAAUAUGUACAAGGGGGUGUCCAUGACCCACUACAAGUUUGAGUUUGACCCUGAGAACCUGUGGCGAUGCUGGGAUGAGUGCAAGGUGAAGUCGGAUUACGACGCUCGACGCAAGUCCAUCACCGAGUUUAACAAGCAAAAUCGCUGGAAGAAGAGAGGGCUUUCCCUUAUCCCUAUCAAAUAUGGCAUCGCAUUUGCAGAGAGCUUCCUCAAUCAGGCUGCAGCCUUGGUGCAUAUCUACAAGGACGGCUCGGUUCUGGUCAGUCACGGAGGGACAGAGAUGGGCCAGGGGAUCCACACUAAAAUGCAGCAGGUGGCGAGCCGUGAGCUUCACAUCCCCAUCUCUCUCAUCCACAUCACCGAGACCAACACCAGCACUGUGCCCAACACCUGCCCCUCUGCUGCGUCCUAUGGCACAGAUGCCAACGGCAUGGCAGUCAAGGACGCCUGCCAGAUUUUGUACCAGCGUUUGGAACCCCUAAUUAAGAAGAACCCUGAAGGCACAUGGAAGAGCUGGGUGACCUCAGCUUUCUUUGAGAAGAUCAGUCUGUCAGCCACUGGAUUCUACAAGGGCCAUGAUGGGUAUAUGGACUGGGAGAAACAGGAGGGCGAGCCCUAUUCGUAUUACACCUAUGGUGUGUGUUGCUGUGAGGCAGAAGUGGACUGCCUGACAGGGGACUACAGGACUGUUAGGACGGACAUUGUGGUGGACAUUGGCCGCAGUGUUAAUCCAUCUGUAGACAUUGGUCAGAUUGAAGGGGCAUUUAUCCAGGGCCUUGGUCUUUACACCAUGGAGGAGCUGAAGUUCUCUCCAUCUGGGGUGCUGUAUACACGCGGCCCAUCCCAGUACAAGAUCCCUGCUGUCUGUGACAUUCCUCUGAAAUUCAACAUCUAUCUGCUGGCUGGGUCUGAUAACUCGCAUGCCAUCUACUCAUCAAAGGGUAUCGGAGAACCCAUCCUGUUCUUGGGUAGCUCUGUGUUCUUUGCCAUAAAAGAUGCUGUGGCGUCAGCGCGUGCUGAGGUGGGUAUGAAGGGGCCCUUCACACUGAACAGCCCUGCCACCCCUGAGAGAACCUGCCUGGCAUGUGCCACCCCGUUCACACAGAGGAUUCCCACCAGUCAACCAGGAUCCUUCAAACCAUGGGCUUUGGAUAUCUAGAAGAGAAGCUUUUUACAACGUUUACGGUUACAUUACAUCUACCAUGUAUUAACAUAGUAAAUGGCAUGCACAUAUGAAAUUGUUAUACUCAUAUAGAUCACUGACACAGUUAUUAACAUGAAAUGGUACAUGCUGACACAGAGAUACUAACUUGAAAUGAUUGUCAAAGAUGCAGGGGCACUGAUAGGGUUUCUGGGACCCCUGGCUAAUUAGUACUCCUGGCACCGAAAUCAAAUAAUCUUAAAACUAAUCUUCCUCCCCAUUACGGCACCCCUGCAAAGAUGUACUAACAUAACAUUUUAUUGUGUGAUAGUUUGUGCUGUCACUGACAUCUUUCAUAUCCGUACAGACAUGGCUUAUACAGAAAUUGAACUGGUAUACUCAGUUCAAGUCGUGUGCUGUCUUCUUUCCCUAGAUUGCUAUCAAGGAUAUGAAUGUCUUCAGCUUGAACUUUACAUUUUAAUACAUUCCACCAUUCCAUCUUUUGUGUGCUGACUAUAUCAAUAAAUGACACAAAAAU